AUGAAAGCCCUUAUACAACUAGAGAAUGCUCUCCGGACGGUACUGGAAGUGUCCCAACAGCAUCACAUAGCAGAAACUCUUGCAUCGCUUCGCCGAGCAGAGCCGUCAUGCGACUCAGGCCUCGCUUCGACCGCGAGUCGAAUCGUUGAUUUGGCAUCCGAGGUGGUUCAGCUGCUAGAGCCGGCUCAUCUUGUCCUGGCUGAUCAUUUAUUCGCGUACCAGUAUACGCAGUCACUGGCCAGCGCGGUUGGGUUGCGGAUUCCCGAUCAUCUCAAAUCAGGUCCUCAGACACUGGAGCAACUGGCGGCACUCAGCGAGGCACGGCCAGAUAGGCUGCGACAGGUCCUCCGACUGCUGUACAACCAUGGCAUAUUUGCUUUUGAUGCAGCAACAGAUACAGUACGAAAUAACGAAGCCUCUGAACUGUUGCAGCGGACGCAUAGCGGCCAGUGGCAUCAAUGGGCAUCUGUUUGCAGCCGCGAAUUCUAUGAGAUGGCCCAGGGCCUUCCACAGGCGCUGGGCGAGACAACUCUCCGCUCUCCAGCACAGAUUCACCACGACACUGACGAAAGCAUGUUUAGCUAUCUUGAGCGCAGCGGAACCAUGGUCCGUCUCCGAGAAUGUAUGGGGGCUGCAGCCAGCGCACAGACUCCUGGUAUGGUCUCCAGCUACCCAUGGCACGAACUGGCCAACAGCAGCCUUGUGGAUCUGGGCGGUGGUGAUGGGUCUCUGAUGGCUGCCCUGCUACGAGAGAUUCCCACGCUGCAGGGCGGCAUUCUGGAUACACCACGAGUACUACCAUUCCUGCAUGAAGCCUUCCAUUCUGCGUCGGGCCAGCACGCCGAUGUGGGCGCGCAGAUCCCCCCUGAGCGACUUAUCGGGGGUAACUUCUUAGAGGCCGUGGUUCCAGCGGAUGCGUACGUGAUGCGCUGGUGUUUGCAUGACUGGAACGAUGACCAGGUGUGUCAAAUUCUGCGUAACAUCCGUCGCAGCAUUAUCAUGGGCACUGUCAGUCGACUGAUAGUCCUGGAAGCCGUGCUGGCAGACGGCCAGUCCGGGCGCAUGUCUCGCCUCGGGGAUAUAAAUGUCAUGAUCACUGCAGAGCAUGGACAGGAGCGGACAGAGAAGGAAUGGAGGCGGCUGGCGGCUGCUACGGGCUGGAGGGUUGACAGCAUCACGCCUUUGAUAGGGGCGUGGCCCUGUGCUAUUGACAUGCGGCCAAUUAUAUGUUCUAUGUAG